AUGAUUGUUUACCUGCUUCAGCAGAAUUGCGGGACGUCAGAGAAAGGGAGCUUUGCGGGUGCCGACGAGCGCCAGGUCGUCGCCCGCGGGGAGCCCGGCGCCGCCGCCGUGUUGCGCGAGCGCCUGCUCAAGCGCCUCGAAGACCUGUGGGACGACGUGCGCGAUCCGCGCUGGGUGGCCAUGGCGGACGAGACGGCCGGCGCCGACGCCGAGUUGCUGCGCGCGGUGUAUGCGCUGGGCGACGCGGUCGAGAACGAGGUGCCGGGCUCCGCCGCGGCGCCGCCCCACGGUCUGGACUCCCUGUGGGUGUGGGCUCGCACGGAGGCGGAGAUAGUAGCUCUCGAGACGCUGUACAAGACGUUUCGACGAACGUACCGCCCCGGCCGCCUGCCCGGCUCGCGCCAAACCUACCAGGACCUCGCGGACGCCCUGCUGGCCGGCGUGCCGGGCGUCUUUGACCGCCUCGAGGAUAUCGUCCUACACGACGGCGAGGGAGACCUCUUCCGCCAGGCGCUGAAGGAACUGGAGUCGUUGCAGUGCGCCGUGCAGCAGAGCCCACAGCAAGUGAUCUACAACCUGUACAACGCCGUGGCGCUGUCAGAGCUGAAAGGCUAUGCCAUGAUGCAGUUCUCGUGGAUGCUGCUGAGGCUAUACAACAAAGGCAACUUCACGCAGGAGGCGACGCUGCUGCGCGACUCGUUCGAGGAGCGCACGCGGCGCCAGGUGGAGGCCGUGCGCGCCGCCAUGGGCUCCGCGUCGCGCGCGCUGUGGCGCUGCGACCCGCGCGUGCACCAGGAGGGCGACACCUUCGUGCAGCUGACGCGCCUCGUGCAGGGCCACGUGCAGAACGAGGCCGACAUGAACAGGGAGAAGUCGUGCCGCGAGAACUGCGCCUACUACUCCUACGCGCAGAGCACGGGCUGCUACGACAGCCGCGUGUGCGACACCAUGCACCGCUGCAACGGGCGCCUGCUCGAGUGCAAGUACAUCGACUCCGACAUGUGGCUGUGCCAAGCGGAGCGGCAGGCGACGCGGCGUUACGAGUGGUUGGAGUAUGAGAACGGACGCACGUUGGGGCGGCCGGGCACGUGCGCGCGCCGCAAAUUCAAAGUGGACAGCUGGUGGCGCUGGCUUUUCUGGCAUUGCUCAUACUGCUUCUGCCUGUGCGACGAGCCCGGCCCGCGCUCCGACCGCUACUUCAACAUGCGACCCGUCGUGGCCGACACCGCCAACAACAUGGUGGUGACUGGGCUGCGCUUCGUCAAGAAGAACCGCGUCAUCCACCUUCAGAUCCGCGAGGGCGCGCUGCUGCCGCGCGGUGCAAUCAACGCGUCCAGCGUGCGCUGGCGGCCUGUCGAUGACUACCACAUCACGGACGCCGGCGUGCAGAACACGCGCGACUACCACACGCUUAGCUGGGAGCAGCGGGCCAUCGACCUCGACGACCUGGAGGCGCCGCCGGGCCACGUCGUCACCGGGGUUCGCUUCCGCAACGUGGGCACGCACCUCAACCCCGAGAUCAUGGUGGCGCCGCUCAACUUUAGCGCGGGGACCCUCGUCAAGCCCCACGAAAAGAGUAUGUGGAUGAGCAAUGAUAAUACGGAUGGCGCCAUGAUAGGGCCGAGGACGGAGCUGAAGCUGCUGGCGCCGGACGUGCCGACCAACUCGCUCGCGGGCUCCACGCCUGACUCCAAGUCGGACCAGUUCCUGCUGUUCACGCACUCUGACAUGGACGCGGACGCGGCGCAAACGACGGUGCCGUUCCUGGACGCGCAGGAGGUGGCGCCCGAGCCGCCCGUGCCGCUGGCCGGCGCCGGCAUCUACCACAAGGGCACGCCUCGCUAUGGGGGCUUCGUGGCGCCGCGCGUCUUCACCUACGACUUCAGCCCGCACCUGGUGGACGACGCCCCCGCGCACGCCGCCCCUCCCGCCGCCUAGUCCGCCCCCUUUCGGCUCUUCGGCCAGGAGCGCCGCGUGCCGCCGGGAGUGGAGCGGGAAGGACUGGUGCGACCUUCGUGGCUGGCGCGCGCGGUUCCCGCCUUCUCGGGAAGAGAGGAGGACACAAAAGACUUGCAGGCAGCCCGCCAUGCCCUUUAUAAUGUAAUUCGUGUGAAAUUGUUAUUUUCACUCAUGUUUGUUCUGUACGUCUGGUAACAAAAGUUCUAGCCUGUUGAAGACGACACACUACCCUUUGUCAAAAUCAAAAAAUAAAGGCAAUACAACUUCUAUUGUUCUGCAUGUUUAUGUACGUGUACAAUCGACUCCUUCUGAAAAACUCUUUAGUAAAUACUACUUUACUUUACUUAAAUAACAUUGCUCUUGCAACUAUAGCAAAUGUGAUGAACUAUGUAGAUCAUAUCAACGAAAUAACAAUGUUGCAACUUCAGGACCUCCUUUGGUCGCUAGAGAAAAUAUCCGUUAAGAGAACAUCUGUUUCUUUAAUAAUAGAAGUGGAUCUACCUAGUCUACCAUUGAGGGCAACUGCCCAGAGUGUGUUUGAAUAUGUUGUUCCUUUCAUCUUCUGCAACAUCAAAUUAUAUUGCAGAAGGAAAACAGAAUUGUAAUUUUACAAUUGCGUCUAAUAAUAAAGAGACUUUUGACAAAUAAUUUUACUAACACUUCCUUUAUGCACCUCUCAGAAUCCAUGUACCAUUCAACUCCAAUCGUUCAAAAUUUGUGAUAUUUAAAAUAAUCAUAAAAUGAAUUGAAAUAUCAAAACCAUUUUUUGACAAUAUUUCUUAUUAAUUUCAAUAUUCUAGUAACUAAACAAUAAAGCUUAAUG